AUGUCUAAUGCAAAGUCCAUAGGAACACCUGUGAGUCCAUCAACCACUUUGGAUGAAGAGAUAAAUGGUAAGAAUGUUGAUGAAACAAUGUAUCGAGGUAUGGUUGGCUCAUUACUCUAUCCUACAGCUAGUCGACAAGAUAUUAUAUUAAGAAUUUGCAAAUGUGCUAAGUAUCAGUCGGCUCCUAAGGAAUCUCACUCGACCGCUGUUAAACGUACCAUCAGAUAUUUGAUAGGGACAGUCGACUAUGGUUUAUGGUACGAAAGUCUAGAAUUUUUUUAUCUCAAAGUCUUUUCAGAUGCAGAUUUUGUAGAGAUAAACUUGACAGAAAAAGCACAAGUUGAACGUGCCAAUUACUUGGAAAAUCCCUUAUAUCCUGGCACAGCAAAAAAUAAAAAGUUGUGUGGCUCUAUCUACCACAGAGGUAGAAUAUUUGGCAGUAGGCAACUGCUGCACACAAGUACUAUGGAUCAUGCAUCAACUGUUAGAUUAUGA